GUGGCGACACCGCACACCACCCACCACUCACCACCUCAGCCUCAAGCGAGUAUGCUUUUAUUUUUGCAUCCCAGCGAGUGAGUGAGACCUCCUCCGCGAUCAAUCAUCCUCACUUCACCGUCUCAAAAAACAAAUAAAAAAAACUCAAAACAUAUUAAUUAAAAAGGUUUCGAGUUUCGAGCAGUAAAAUGAUGUGAUAUUUUGAUCUUGAGAUAAGCGCCGGGUCGAAAUCGCGUUUAACUAGAAAAGAAGAGCGCUACCUAUUCAUCACUUUAUUUAUUCGUUUCUCAAACUUUCUUGACUUGUUCAUUUCUUGGUUUGGGAAGCUCUGAAGAAGAAGAAGAAGCCUAUCUAGAAGCUGCAGAAAUCUGUGUUGACUGGUUGAAGAAGAAGAGAGUCCAAAGGUCCCAUUUUUGUUGAGACUUGGUCCCCGCGAUUAUCGGGGUAUUAGAUAGGGCAGGGCAAUCUUUAAGAUAUUUCCCCUAAAAUGGCAACGCAGAAAGAAUCAGAGACCGCUGAAACCCUAGCGGCUGGUUUUACUGAACUCACCAAUUCCAAAACCCCCCCUCCUGGUGAUAAUGGAGGUUUGGGCAGUGAUCAAAAUGGGGACUUUUUGUCCGUUAAUGAACAGGAUGCCGUUAUUGGUGAUGGGAUUUCUCUUUUGGUACAAGUCCAUGGUACAUUGGAGACUGAGAAAGAGGAAUUGGCACUAAGAGGAAAUGAUAAUAAUAAUAAUAAUAAUUCUCCUGUUUUGAAGAAAGAGGAGAAGCCACAAACUGAAGCUAUUAAUGGGGAUGGAAGAUUAGGAAAUGAAGCUGAUGAUGAUGAUGAGAGAAAGGAUAGUGUUGAUGAAGGUGUUUCUGAACACACCUAUUCUGUAGGUGACUAUGUUUGGGGUAAAAUCAAGAGUCAUCCAUGGUGGCCUGGCCGGAUUUACGACCCGUCUGAUGCUUCUGAGUUUGCGGAGAAGUACAGGCAGACGGGUAGGCUCCUCGUGGUUUACUUUGGGGAUGGCUCUUUCUCUUGGUGCCUUCCAUCGCAGCUGAAGCCCUUUGCCGAUAACUUUGAGGAGAUGUCGAAGCAGAGCAGUAUCAAGACUUUCCUUUAUGCGGUGGAUAAGGCUCUCGAUGAAAUUGGCACAUUGUUGGUACUGGGAAUGACUUGUCAAUGUAUACCACGAGACCACAUUGCUGGGUGUGGUUGGCCCAUGGCAAUGAACGCUGGAAUCAAGACAGGAGCUCUUGUACCAAAAGGAGACACCCGUACGCUUUCCCUUCCUAGUUAUGACCCUCGGUUGGUACUUUUAAAGUUGAGGGAUCUUGCUCGGACCACUUCUGUUCCCGGGAGGCUUGAGUUUGUUGUCCUCACUAGUUGGCUAUCUGCUUUCUAUCGGGCAAAAGGGGGUUGCCGGUUAUCUCUGUAUUCUGAGCCCAGUCUAAUUGAAGGCCUGGAGGAUAAGACUAGAAAUAAUGCUUUGGAUGAAACUGAUUUCAGUGUUUCUAUUGAGGUACCUAUCAAGGGUCCCCUGGAUGACGAAUGGGGUUCUUGCCAAAAUACCGGCCCUAUAAAUUGCCCAGUACUUGCUGAUGAUAAGCUUUACCACCGUAGGAAACAAAAAAGCGUGGCUGAACUAAUGGGAGAAAACGUCAGGUCGGAUGUUGGGAAUAGCGGUGAUGGUGUUGCUCAGGUUACUGAAACGGGUAUUAAGGAAUGUGGGAAGGAGACCGACUGCUAUAGUUCAGCAAAAAUUGCAAAGAAAAGGAGGAAUCCUUUAUUGUCCAUUAAAUGCAGUGAAAAUGGUUCUGGGAACAAUGUAGGAGAGGCCAAAGAAGAAUCUGAAAAGAGUCCUGCUUCAAGGGAAAGGAAAAAGAGCAAGUAUCUAUCACCUCCAUACACAAGCCCUAGGUGGAUUACUGGAAGGUCGAGUGCUAAGAGAGAAUUUGAAGCAGAUUCUGAAAAAAUUUCCAAAACUGCUAGAGUUGGCGAGCAGAUGAAGCCUGCUGCAGAAGGAGUCGGAAUUCCUAAUUCCGAGGAAAUGAAGGAAAAGGUUCUGGAACAACCUGAUGAUCUUGACAUGGAAACUCAAAUUGGCAAAGAAAAUCAUGAGAAGACACCUGGCACUGUUUAUACGAAUGCAUCUAUAAAUCAAGUCCUAACAGAGUUUCAAUCUACUGCCAUUGACCCUUCAAGCAACUCUGGAACCCUUGAUAUGGUUAGAGAAUUCAUUAGUGCAUUCAGGAAGUCAGUCUAUUUAAAUCGAACAAACUACAAGGUGCAUACCAGUAGGCAAUCUGGGAGGAAGAGAAAAUCACCGUGCUCCCCGAUAGAAAACCAUGUAGAUGGACCGAGUGCAACUAAUGCUAAGUCACAGCAACGAGGAAAGAAGACUAAACUGGCCGAGGCAGAAACAUCUAAGCUCAAGAAACCCGCUUCAACAUCUUCUGGGGAAGCAGAAGACAAGGAAGCUGCUAGAAAAACAUUUCCUGUAUCCCUCGUCGUAACAUUCUCACCUGGGUAUCCUCUGCCAUCUAAAGAAGAGCUUGUUAGAAUAUUCAGCAGGUAUGGUGACUUGAAUGAAAAGGAAACUAAUACCUUCUAUAACUCUAACUGCGCUCAAGUUGUCUAUGAGAAUGGCUCUGAUGCAGAAGCGGCCUUCAGGAAAUCUGUUAAGCAAAGCCCAUUUGGCGGUGCCCAUGUUAACUACAGGCUCCGUUACUCUCCACACAAGCAGGAUCCCAGAGUCUUGCUCGACUCGCAGUUGGAACGCGAUGAUGCUUCGGAGAUUGGUUCAAUCAAGCAGAACCUCAACAUUCUGAAAUCUAUGCUGAGAAAGUGUAAUGGAAAAAUAUCACCAGAGGAGAAAUUCGACCUGGAGGGUGAGAUCAAGGGACUGCUGGAGAAGGUGAGCACAAUGGAUGUAGUAGCCCCAUGAUAUAUAUUUAUAUAUAUAGUACUUAGUGCUACCUUUUUGUGUCAAGGAUGGACAUUCAAAUAAUCAGAUGACUUCUUAGACUCUUGUGUGGAAGUAGAGGGAUGGACAGUUUAUUUAUAUAGGAUGGUAGAUUGGAAUAUGGCUUCAUGAACUUUCAGAGGGACAGUUGUAACUAGUUUCAUAAGAUAUACUUUACUGCUCUUUAGAAGCUAGUUAUUAUUACUCUAAAAUGAUGGCUGAAA